AACUAACCAUGCCUGAACCAGCCAAGCCAGCGCCCAAGAAGGGAUCCAAGAAAGCUGUCAGCAAAUCUGCUGGCAAGCCCGGCAAGGGAAGAAAGAGAGCCAGGAAACAGAGCUACGCCAUCUACGUGUACAAGGUGUUGAAACAAGUUCACCCUGACACCGGCAUCUCAUCCAAGGCAAUGAGCAUCAUGAACUCGUUCGUCAACGAUAUCUUCGAACGCAUCGCCUCCGAAGCUUCUCGCCUCGCUCACUACAAUAAGCGUUCUACAAUUACGUCCCGGGAGAUCCAGACCGCUGUCCGCCUUCUGCUUCCGGGUGAGCUGGCUAAGCACGCAGUGUCCGAGGGCACCAAGGCCGUAACCAAGUACACCAGCUCUAAGUAAACGGCUAAAACAGUGCUAACAAAACCAAAGGCUCUUUUAAGAGCCACCUACCUUUUCUUAUGAGCAGUUCCACCAACAAGCCAAUGACUUUCAAUAAGGUCUUCCUUCUGAGAGAUAAAACGUGACUUCAUUACAUGAUUGUUUGGAUAUAUUGAAUGGCCUAUGUAGAAUAGUUAAUAAAUCUCAUUGCACCAAAUACGUUGUAAUUUGCUUUAUUCAUAAAAAUAUACUCCAGUACAAUAGAACUAAUGAAAAAAUACGGAUCUGAAACCUUUUACAAUAAAGUAACC